AUGCGCUUGGCACAGCUAGCAAACCGCCAGAGCGUCUUCGACGACCAGACGGCUGAGGUGAGUGAGCUAACGCAGAUGGUGAAAAGCUCGCUGCAACGCCUCCACAGCGAUGUAGGAACACUGGAGGAGCUAAAACGGCGAUCUGUUGAGUCGCAAAAAGGGGUGUUUAAGGCCAAGGGCGAUUCUCGCGGUAUAUUUGGCGGCUCCAUCAAUCACCUCCGCACGUCCGAGAAGCACAGCGACACCGUUGUCGAGACACUGCGCAGCCGACUGGCGCGCACUGGCCAGCAGUUCCGCACUACCCUCCAGCAUCAAUCUAAAAGCCUCAAGGAUAAGGCGAACCGUCGUCACAUGUUCACCACAGCAGAUCGUCCGCAAUCAUUUGAGAGUGCGCUUUUUCAGGACCAGGAGCAACGUCAGCAGCAGCAACUGCUGCUUUCCGGAACGGGCAACACGCAGUACUACCAGCAGCGAGCGGAUGCCGUGCUGGAGAUCGAGGCAGCCGUGCAGGAGGUCGGCGAACUCUUCAAUGAUUUCACGCGCCUUGUCCAGGAGCAGGAGGAGGUGGUGCUUCGGAUUGACACGGACGUUGACAGCGCUGUACGUCACGUCAAUGCCGGAAGCCACGAGCUGAUGCAAUACUUGACGAACCUGAGCUCCAACCGCGGGCUCAUUCUGAAGGUGUUCGCAAUGCUCUUUUUCUUUCUCAUGCUCUUCGGUAUCCUCGUGGUGCGAUAG